AACCAACAAUUGUAUCAAUUUGUGCUAUGCGAUGUCAGCUAAUGCAUGCUCUAAGGAUAAAUUUAAGUGCAAUAACGGUGCCUGCAUUGAUGGGAAGCUCCGCUGCAACAAUGUUGUGAACUGUAACGAUGGUUCCGAUGAACUCGACUGUGCACCGGGAAACAUCGAGUAUCCCACGUGUGAUCAAAGUGAAUUUGCAUGUUUUGAUGAAAGUAAUCAAUGUUUGGACCGUUCGGCGGUGUGUGAUGGCACGAAUGAUUGCUUAAAUGGAAAAGAUGAAGAGGCUUCCAUUUGCCAAUGUACUCCCGAUCAGUUCAAAUGCUUGACAGGUGGUGGAUGUGUGGAUAUUUCGAAAAAAUGCGACGGCAUUAGUGAUUGUAUUGACGAUAGCGAUGAGAGUAAAAUCGUUUGUGUUCCACACAAUUCGGGUAAUAAUGAUUUGACAUGUGCCAUGGGUGAGAUAAAAUGCGUAUCGGACGGCAAGUGUAUCGAAUCGUACAAGUUUUGUAAUGGAGUGGUUGACUGUGAUGACGGAAGUGACGAAUAUCUCUGCUCAGGCACUUCAGACGACAAUGAGCUUUGCUUAGGUUCGGAGUUCCAAUGCGAUCAAACCAAAUGCAUUCUAUCGACACAAGUCUGCGAUAAUGUAGUGGACUGCUUGGAUGGCAGUGACGAAAAAGAGUGUGAUAAUGUUCACGAAGUACCUUGUGCUGAGCACGAGUUUCAGUGCAGCAACGGCCUGUGCAUUGACAGUGAAGUUCAGUGUGAUGGACACAAGGACUGCUUGGAUGGUAGCGACGAAUUAAAAUGCCCAUCAUGCCAACCGGGAACCUUUCAAUGUCACAAUGGUGACUGCAUAUUGGCUACACAGCAUUGCGAUCGCAUACACGAUUGUGCCGAUCUUAGCGAUGAAAUCCAUUGCGCUUAUUCAUGUAAUGCGCACGAGUUUCGCUGUGGCGAUGGUCUAUGUGUGAAAAAGCAGCUUUUAUGCGAUAACAUCAGGCAUUGCAGUGACGGCACCGACGAGUUACACUGUCACGAUAACGACAUUGGCAAUGACAAUAAAAUCAUUGCCAAACCAACGGAAUGCGGUGAUAAUGAAUGGCGUUGUGAUAAUGGAAAUUGCAUUAAUGAAGAAUUUCUUUGCGAUGGAACGAACGAUUGUACGGACUCUUCCGAUGAAGGAAGCGUUUGUGGAUCGACACAGGGCCCACAAGGUCCACAAGCUCCACUUUGCCGCGAAGAUGAAAUUGAAUGUGAUAACCAAUGCCACUCGAGAUCCAUCCUUUGCAAUGGUGAAUACGAAUGCUCUGAUGGUCGCGAUGAAUACAAUUGCCCAACUACGACCACCACCACCACCACCACCCCCAUUACCACACAAACACCAGACAUUUCUUGCCCAGAGUACACUUGCCCAGAUCGCAAAUCUUGCUUUGGUAUAGCCGAUAGAUGCAACGGCAUUUCCGAAUGCAGUGACGGUUACGAUGAAUACGGAUGCCCACCACCACCAACUCAAUGCGCCGAUAAUGAAUUCAAAUGCGAUGACAACGUUUGCUUGCCAAAAGAAAAGCAAUGUGAUCGUGUUCGAGAUUGUCGCGACGGUACCGAUGAACUUAAUUGCCGCAUUGUGUGUCGAGAUGAUGAAUUCACAUGUGCAAAUGGACAAUGUAUUCAUGGUCAACAAAAAUGUGAUAGCCGACGUGAUUGCGAAGAUGGAUCCGAUGAGUCACCUGAAGUGUGCCAUCCAAAAGGUCGAUGCCGCCCCGGUGAAUGGCAAUGUAACAAUGGAGAUUGCAUCCUUGCCAAGGCUUAUUGUGAUGGACGUUAUGAUUGCAGAGAUUACUCGGACGAACGUUGGUGCCCAACUCAACGACCACCCAGCCCACUGCCUGGAGUUCAUCGCGUGGAAUUGAAGACCUAUCCAAACAAUCAAACUAUCAAAGAAAGAUAUAUUCGUGAGGGCUUGGAAGUUGUAUUUCAAUGUCGUGAUGAAGGUGCGCUACGUUUGCCAGUUCGAUGGACUCGAUCAGGUGGUCGUCAACUGCCACUCGGCUCAAAAGAUGUUGCUGGACGUUUGGAAAUCCCGAAUAUUCGAUUGGAACAUUCUGGUGAUUAUAUUUGCGAAGCUGUCGGUGUCCCACCAUCAACACCUGGUGCACAAGUAGGCGUUACACUUCAAGUUGAACGUCGCGAUCCAAUAUGGGUUCGGCCACCAUCAGCCUGUUCAGUGAACGAGGCUACCUGUAUGAAUGGCCAGUGCAUUGCUAAGAGUGCACUUUGCAACGGCCGCAACGACUGUGCUGAUGGAUCAGAUGAAUCUAGCUGCACUGAUAACGGACGUUGUCAACCAAACGAAUUCAAAUGCGGCAACAACAAAUGUGUUUUGAAAACAUGGCGAUGCGACGGCGAAAAUGAUUGCGAAGACGGUUCUGACGAACAAGGUUGUGGAACCGCUGCACCAGGCUCGAUCUGCACUGCCAGUGAAUAUCAAUGCCGAAGCGGUCAAUGCAUUCCAAAAUCAUUCGAAUGUGACUCUCACGUUGAUUGUUUCGACGGAUCUGAUGAAGUUGGCUGCACCAAACCGACCGUUGCUCAACCACCACCACCAAGUGUUUACUUGCGACCAGGGGAAACAUUCAACAUCUCAUGUCGCGCUGUCGGUGUUCCAACACCUUUGGUAUUGUGGCGUUUGAACUGGGGUCAUAUCCCAGAAAAAUGUACCACCACCACCCACAAUGGAUACGGUGUUUUGAUUUGUCCAUAUAUCGCUGUCGAAGAUUCUGGUGCCUACUCUUGUGAAUUGCUCAACAGCCAAGGCACUGAAUUUGUUGUUCCAGACACCAUUUUAACCGUAACCGGCGAAGAAUCAGUUUGUCCAAAUGGAUUCUUCAACGACAAAGCCAGUCGACCCGAAGAAUGUAUCAAUUGCUUCUGUUUCGGUGCAUCAACGGCAUGUAAAAGUGCCGAUUUGUUCACAUAUGCCCUUCCACCACCGGUAACAUCGCUUACAGUGGUCGGUGUGCAUGGCCCAUGGGCUGGACAACAAUCGAUUAGCAUCAACAACAUGUUUGAUAAACACGAUUUGCUCGCAACACGCCAUGGCGUUCAAUUGAGAUUGACCAAUUUACCGGUGUCCGGUGAAUUGCCAUACUAUGCACUCCCAAGCGAUUAUCUGGGCAAUCAAUUGAAAUCAUACGGUGGCACAUUCAAAUACGACGUUGAAUAUAGCGGACGUGGCAAUUCAAAUGAUGCACCAGACGUCAUCAUUAAGGGUAAUAAUAAAAUCUUGGUUUACCGCAGUCCAAACCCUAUCGAAGAGGGUAUUCGUAAUUCAGUAUCCGUUUCGUUUGUACCGGGUCAAUGGUACAAACCUGAUGGAAGUUUGGCUUCACGUGAAGAAAUCAUGAUGACAUUGGCUCAAGUGGAAAAUGUUUUGAUUCGAUUGCAAUACAUCGAUACUGUUCAACGUGAAGUUGAAUUGUUGCACAUUGUAAUGGAUUCAGCCGCUGUCACCGAUCAAGGUCUUGGAUCUGCAUCACUUGUCGAAGAGUGUCGAUGCCCGGCUGGUUACUCAGGUUUGAGCUGUGAGUCUUGCGCACCUGGAUAUACCCGUCAAGAAAGCGGUGCUUGGUUAGGCCGUUGUAUUCGUGAUGAAGAACCAUGCCAACCAGGAACUUAUGGCGAUCCAUACCGAAAGAUUCCAUGCAAACCAUGCCCAUGUCCAUCAACAACCAGUGGAAAUAACUUUGCCCGUACGUGCUACUUGGGUCCAGAUGGUGAACCAGUUUGCAAUUGUAACCGUGGAUACACUGGUCGUCGUUGCGAACAAUGCGCUCAAGGAUUUGUCGGUAAUCCAUUGUUGCCAGGCGGUUCAUGCUCAGCCGAACAACCACCAGUUUCACACUGUGACCCACGCGGAACACUUCGUCAACACCCAGAUGGUCGUUGCGAAUGUAAAGAACAUGUAGCUGGCGCCCGCUGUGAUCAAUGCUCAAUCCAUUCAUUCUUCUUGAGUCCAAGAUGGAGUACCGGAUGCAUUCAAUGCUUCUGUAACGGUGUGAGCCAAACAUGUACCAGCAGUUCAUUGUACAGAGACUCGACUGUCGCUACAUUCGCCCCGAACCGUCAUGAAUUCGCUUUGAUUACCGAUUUCGAAAGUCCACAAGAAAGUGAUCUUGAGGUUAGCACAUACAACAAUGAAGUUUUAAUUCAAAAUUUGGCUGGUGAUCCAGAUGUUUAUUUCUGGCGUUUGCCAUCACGUUUUGCCGGUAACAAAAUCACAUCGUAUGGUGGAAAUCUCAACUACACCAUUCGAUAUGUGCCAACACCUGGUGGUAUUAUGUCACGAAACAACGCACCCGAUGUGGUCAUUCGCAGUUUGAACGAUAUCACCAUUUUGCAUUAUCGUCGCGAUGAAAUCGCCCCAAGCAUUUCACAAUCGUAUGUUGUACCACUUUUGGAAGAGAACUGGCAACGUAUCGAUGGAAAUACAAUCAAUCGUGAACAUUUGCUCAUGACUUUGGCCGAUGUAUCGGAUAUUUUCAUCAAAGCAACAUACACGACCACAACUGAUGAAGCCGCUUUGUCUUCAGUCAUUUUGGAUACGGCCAGCUCACACUACACUGGAAAUCCAGCCCGUGCCUCGGAAGUUGAACAAUGUAUAUGUCCACCAGGUCAUCAAGGUACCAGUUGUGAAGAUUGCGCUCCUGGCUACAAACGCAGCCAAAGUGGUCUUUACUUGGGUUUGUGCGAACCAUGCGAUUGUAACGGACAUUCAGAUGAAUGCGAUGCCGAAAAUGGCGUUUGCCAUAACUGCCGUGACAAUACCGAAGGUGAGCAUUGUGAACGAUGCGCCGGUGGUUUCGAAGGCGACGCAACUCGUGGAACAUCAUACGAUUGUUCAACCGAUGAAUCUCAUGGACACGGAACAAUCACCCAAUGCCCACCAAAUGUAAUCGGCCAUCGCUGUGACCAAUGCCGUCCAGGUACCUACAACUUGGAUCCAGCCAAUCCACUUGGAUGCACUGAAUGCUUCUGUUCGGGUGCAACACGCUCAUGCUCAGCUUCACGUUUGUAUCGUCAACAAAUUCCAGCCAUCAUUUUCGAUGACAAAUUCCCACUCACCAACCGUAUCGGUGAUGUUCAAUCGAAAGAAGAGCCAGUCAUCGAUUUUGCCACCAACAAACUGUCAAACCGUAUUUACGAUGGUAACACUUACUAUUGGAGCCUUCCACAACGCUUCUUGGGCAAUCAGCUCAAAUCUUAUGGCGGAUAUUUGUCGUUCUCCAUUGAAAACGAAGCAUAUGGCACAUACAUUCCAGAUCAAGACAUCAUUAUUCGCGGUAAUGGAUUGACUUUGGUUUGGACUCGUGCCAAUCCAAAUGAAAACCGAACCGAAGCUCACAUCAAGGAAUCGGACUGGCAAAGCAUCGAUCAAGGAGGCCCAAGAGUUGCUUCACGCGCUGAUUUACUCACCGUUUUGAGCAAUUUGGAAACGGUUUUGGUGCGUGCCACUCUGAAAGAGGGAGUUUCACAGGUGCAUUUGAGUGAUGUUGUUCUUGAUACAGCCGUCCCACAAAACACCGGUCAAAUACCAGUUAAUGAUGUCGAAAUUUGCCGUUGUCCAGAAGGCUACACUGGUACAAGCUGUGAGUCUUGCGACCACUUCUACUACCGUGACACAAACAACCGUACCGCCGGACUUUUGGGCACUUGCAGCCGAUGCCCAUGUGAAAAUGCCGACUCAUGCUUAUUGGAAAGCAAUGGAAACGUUCUUUGCCACUGUCAUCCGGGAUAUGCUGGAGACAGAUGCACUGCAAGCAAAUAUUAUGAGCAUCGUGCAAAAGAAUCGAACACAAAUUCUGUGUAUGACUAUAUGUUAUACAUUUUCCAUUCGGUUAAUGAUCAUCAAAAGUCAUACAAAGUAUAUGAUUCAAAAGGAACCAAAGCUAUCGGCGAAUUACGAAGAGUGCCAGACUACGAUACUCAAGUUACAACUCAACGCCCAGUUCCACCAACUAUUUCGGUCGUGAUCUCAUCACCAGUUAUUCAAAUCAUCGAAGUCGGAGAGACUGUUCGAUUGCCAUGUACAGCAUAUCACAACAUUCAACGCGUUCCAAUCACAGUUGUUUGGAAGAAGGCCGAUGGAUCACUUCCAGAGCGAUCAUACCAAGAACAUGGCGUUCUUACAAUCACAAAUGUUCAACAUGUUGAUAGCGGUGUCUAUGUCUGUCAAGCACAAACUGAUGAACGCUUCGAACAACGCGUUACAAUCACUGUUGGAGGUGGAGGUGCUGUCAGCAAGCCACGUGUUGAAUUACGUCCAACUCAUCUCGAUGUCAACGAAUAUUCGCCAGCUGAUGUUGAGUGCGUUGCACAAUCGUCAACUCCAGUCACAUUCUAUUGGACUCGAUUGGAUGGAGAGCUAUCACCAGACGCAUACAUUUCGGGACCAUGGCUUCGAUUCAAUCAAGUUCGUCGUUCAGAUGCCGGUGACUACCAAUGUAUCGCACGUAAUCAAUAUGGUGAUGAUAGCGGCGUGUUGCGUGUUUAUGUUCGUGAAUCAAAUCCACCACCACGACCACCACCACAGCCACAGCCCGGUCGUGAAGUUUCAAUUCAACCAGGCAACUUCCAUGGUCGUCCAGGCGAUGCUCUUGUUUUGACUUGCCGUAACAGUAUAAAUGUCUAUGCUACAUUGGUUUGGAAUAAGGCUGGAGAGCAACAAUUGCCAGCUCAUAUUGAUGUCAAAAACGGCAUUCUCACCAUUGAAAACGUACGCGUUGAAGAUAGCGGUCGUUACACUUGUACAUCAUCACCAUCAGGACCAAAUCAACCACCUGGUACAUCUUCGGAAGUGAUCGACGUUGUCAUCACUGACAGUUCAACUGGACAAUUGGAACCACCAAGAGUAAAACCACUUGAAGAAUUGUACACUGUGGUUCAAGGCUCCGAUUUUAGUUUGACUUGUGAAGCAUCUGGCUAUCCAUAUCCAACCGUUGUCUGGGCUAAGAUUCAUGAAGAUCUCGCAUCGAAUUGCCAACAAAUUGGCAACAUUUUGAAAAUUAUCAACGCUCAACCACACAAUCGCGGUAUUUACCAAUGCACAGUCACAUCGAAUGGACAAUCCACCGAAACCAGCACUGUUAUCGAUAUUGAACCACGCGAGGCACCAGUCGUUGAAAUCUAUCCACGUGACCCACAAACCGUUCGUGUGGGUGAAUCAGCAAUGUUGAGCUGUCGUGCUAUUGCCGGUAUUCCAACACCAACUGUGGUUUGGUCACGUCAAGAUCGCCGACCACUUUCAAGCCGUGUUGAAGAGAAAUACGCUGGAACUAUUUUGAUUUCGAACAUUACAUUCGAAGAUGCUGGACAAUAUGAAUGCCGUGCCUCAAAUAUUGCCGGUGAAUCAAGCCAAACGUCAGCCAUUCACGUGCAACAACCACCAAUCAUUCGCAUUUUGCCCGAAACACAAGAAUGGACUAUCACUGAAGGCGAUGAAUUGAAGCUGGAAUGUUUCGCCGAAGGCGAACCAUCACCAACAGUACAAUGGAAACGACCCGAGCAAAUACAAUCUGAAGAUACCUUUUCACGAGGAGCACCAACUCCAAUUGGUUCAGCAUCUCAAAGCUUGAUUCAAAAAUACAAUGCCGAUCGCAGUGAUGAGGGCACAUACAUUUGCCAUGCUAGAAACGAAGCCGGCGAAGAUCAAAAGUACAUCACCGUUAUAGUUCAACAGAAACGUGGCGAUGUUGGUUCGCAUGACAAAGACGAAAUUAACGAACAACGUCCACAACCACCGUACAGACCUGACUAUCGUCAAAAUACUCAACGUCCAGAUUAUAGGCCAGAAAAUCGCCCACAGCAAUACAAAGUGGCCGUAGGCGACAGCACAAAAAUCUCAUGUCAAAUCGAAAACUAUAACCGACGCACAUCUUGGAGACGUCAAGAUGGUCAACCAUUACCAAGAGGCUCACAUCUUUCUGGCGGUGAUUUGAUUAUGAACUACACACAAAAGGAUGCAGCUGGUAUUUAUGAAUGUAUUGUGCACGAAGUACAUGGCGACUACCCACUUGUCACCACUGAACUCAUUGUUGUUGAAUUGCCAAGGAUUACCUUGUACCCAGAAAUGCCAUUAACCGUACGAAGUGGUGAACGCGUAUACAUCCUCUGCAAUGCCACUGGUGAUGAACCAAUUUACGUUGAAUGGCACAAUGAAGACCAUCGACCACUCCCACAAAAUGUACGAGCUUCUGGAAACUACUUGGAAUUCUUCCAAAUAACACCAUCCAAUGCUGGCCGCUACUACUGUUCCGCAACCAAUCCUAACGGAAAUGUUACCAAAACCGCUGAAGUGAUUGUGCAUCACAACGAAAUCCCCCAGGAUCGCGUGGUGCAAGGACGUGUACAAGAAGUGCUCGAAGGUGAAUCGGUUUCGCUCGAUUGUACCGAACCAACUUCGUCAGAUGCCAGAUUCGAUUGGAGACGUGAAGGUGGUGUAUUGCCGCCAACGGCAACGUUUGGCCGCAACAACCGUUUGAUCCUGAAUAGCAUUCGCAGCGAAGACACUGGACGCUACAUUUGCCAGAAAACCGAAUCAAAUGGACAAGUAACGCAAAACUAUUUGGACGUCGUACUAAAGCCCCGCUAUCCGAAUAGUAUUUCACACUGUAAUCGGCCAAAUCAAUUCAGUUGUAAAUCGGAUCCAAGCUCGUGCAUCGAUAUCAAUCUCGUUUGCGAUGGCAUAUUUGACUGUCCCGACCGCUCCGACGAACUGGAUUGCUCGCUAUUGACAAGUUUACGGAAUCGAACUAAGAAGGAUGACAUGGCCGCAAACAAACUGGCUAAACUCAUUGCGUCUCAGACUUUCAUUCCUUCGGCCCCGUAUGUGAAACUGGAACCAGCCCGAUCAUACUUGCAUCCAGGCGAUUCAAUCGUUGUUGACUGCAAAUCAUCAGCCGACGAUAGCACUGUCACAUGGAAGAGAGAAGGUUUUCAACGACUCCCAAGCAAUUUCCGCCAACAAGGAAUUCAAUUGGUCAUCAGCAAUGCUCAAAGCGCCGAUGCUGGACGCUACAUUUGUGUGUGCACAACUCGUGAUGGUCAAGUCUUCGAAUCGGAAUACGAAUUGAACGUUGAAGUUCCACCAGCUCGUAAUGAAAUCAAACCACCACAAAUCGAACAUGCUGAAGCCGGAUCGAAUGUUGUAUUGAACUGUAAUCCAGGCCGAUUUGCCAAUAAAUACCAUUGGAGCCGUCAACAAGGUCACUUUGCCGCUGGCUUGGACAUUACAAGCAGCGACCUUCGAUUGGACAAUGUUCAGGCUAAAGAUGCCGGCACUUACAUCUGUACCGCAUCAAGUGGAUCGCAAAGCAGUGAAAUUCCAAUCACAUUAGUUGUAACUGGUGCCAUUCCAUAUUUCCCACAAGCACCAAAGAGUUAUCUAGUCUUCCCAAAGCUCGAAAACUCCUACAUGAGAUUUAACUUCGAGGUGACAUUCAAUCCAGGGCAUGGUGACGGUUUGAUUUUGUACAAUGCCCAACGUCACGGUGAAGGAAACUACAUUGCAUUGUCAUUAAACGAUGGAUACCCAGAGUUCCGUUUCGACUUUGGCAGUGGCCCGGUAACCGUUCGCGCCGAAAAACCAAUUGAAUUGAAGAAAUGGCACACGGUUAAAGUGAACAAAGUGCGUAAAGAAGGUUACCUAUUGGUGGACGAUCAACAUCCAGUUGCUUUCCCACCAACACAACGAUCAGGCAUUGAAUUGCUCGAAGACCUUUACUUGGGCGGUGUACCAAACUUCAAUGACAUUGCCUCUAGCGCUGUUGCCAGUCACGAAGGCUUCGUUGGUUGUGUCAGCCGCUUGAUUCUUAAGGAUCGUGAAAUUGAGCUAAAACAAGAAGCUAUCGCAUCUGAAGGUACAACGUCAUGCGAAACCUGCGCUAAUGAUGUGUGCCAAAAUGAUGGCGUUUGCUUGGAAACUCAAACCGAAGAAGGAUUCACAUGCGUUUGCAAGUCUGGAUUCACCGGUAAAACAUGCGCCGUUGAAGGAUUGUCUUGCUCACCAGGCAUUUGCGGAACUGGCCGAUGCGAAAACACUGAUAUUGGAAUCGAAUGCUUCUGUCCAUUGAACAAAACCGGAGAUCGUUGCCAAUACACCGAACAUUUGGAUGAAAGUAACUUGUCAUUCAAGGAUGGUAGCUUUGUCGCUUUCAAAACACCUAAAUCAACGAAAUUGAAUCUGCGAUUCAAUGUACGACCAGAGAAUAACCAGGAUAGCGUUCUUUUGUAUGUGGCCGAAUCCGAACAUGCCAAUGGCGAUUUUGCGGCUCUCGUUAUCAAAGACAAACAUUAUGAAUUCCGAUUCAAUACCGGCGGACGUGUUCGACCAGUGAUCAUUCGGUCGGAUGAAGAAGUGGAUGUUAAUAAAUGGACACAGAUUUCACUUGGACGCAGACACGGUGAAGGUUUCCUCAAAGUUGGCGACUCAGCACAAAUUACCGGUAAAGCCGUUGGCCCAGCUCAUACCAUGUACUUGAAGACUAAUUUGUACAUUGGUGGCUAUGACAAACGUCUAUUGUUGAACAAAGGCGUUGAAGUGAACAGAGGUUUCGAUGGUUGCAUCUCAGGCUUGGAAGUCUCAUCACAAAAGAUCGAUAUGAUCAAGAGCUUGUUGGAUGGUGCUAACAUCCACAACUGCGGAGAUACUAAUGAAAUCGCUCCUGAAGUUGAACAACCGGUACAAGCCGACUGUAGGCCUGGAUACGCUGGAUACAAUUGUGAAGAAAUCAUUGAUGCCUGCUUAGCUCAUGAUCCAUGCGAAAACAAUGGCAUUUGCGAGAGCAAAGGCAGCACAUACAUUUGCAACUGUCCAAUCCACUUCACCGGUGACGUUUGCCAGCACAGUGCACCAAUCGAAUUUUCUAGUCAAUACAAAGGAAACGGAUUCAUUGAAUUGAAUAGCUCGGCUCUUGUAAAGAGUUCAAACGAAAAGGAUAUCUUGUUGGCUUUGUUGUUCUCGUCCAAGGAACCAAAUGGCUUGUUGGUUUGGUACGGACAAAACAAAGCUGAAGCGUACAGUGGACAAGAUUUCAUCGCUUUGGCCAUUGUUGAUGGUUACUUGGAGUUUUCGUUGCGUUUGGACGGCGAAGAAACUACAGUCCGUAAUGUAAAUACCCGUGUUGAUGAUGGAAUUCGUCAUAUUGCCGUGCUAACACGUAACGGUAAUCGCGCCACACUUGAACUGGACAACUUCUCUGUUUAUGGCGAAACAACCGAAACCAACCGAAACUUCAGCUACUUGCCAGGCAACAUCUUUAUCGGUGGUGCUCCGGAGAUAAACCGAUUCACGGGCAAUCGUUACACACAAGGAUUCAACGGUUGCAUCAAUAUCGUCGAGGGUACGGACACACGAGCCGUUAACAUCUACAAGAAUGCCGUCAGUGGAUACAAUGUUCUUCCAUGCGCUGAUCAAGAGGACGAAAAAAUUGAAUCGCUUCAUCAAUAAGCUAUAGUUCAUACGCAAAAGAAAAAAAAAAUUAAAAUAAAUGAAAUGCAUGCAUUUUUGUUCCUUCAUUUUUUAUUUGCUUUUUUUUUAAUUUUUAAGUCCACACACAAACACACACGAAAAUAACCAAGUCACAAUGGGAUAUUAUUCGAAAAUCGAAUGACGAAAACAACAACAAUUGCAAUCGACGUACACCCAGCAAUUAGAAUCGGGAAUUGAUUGAAGUAAUCCUGAAUUGGAAAUGAACCCAUGAUUUCAAUGUCAUCAUCAGAAUUGUAAAACUAGUUUUUUUCACAUUCUUGAACUCAUAGUCGAAUAAAAGUUUUAGAAGUUAAAUUGUCAAAGUGCCAAAAAAAACUCUUUAUUGUUAAUUUAGAAGAAAAAGAAAAAUGGAACAUUCAUGCAAUAAAAUCAAAAGAAGCAAAAUUUCAAUCAGUUAUAUGGUGUACAACUUUCAGAAGUGAAAAAUCUAAGCUAAUCAAUAACCAUUUAAAAGAAGAAGAAGAUGAAAAAGAAAUUUGUUAAUGAAAUUAUUUUCAGUUGAUGCGGAAACAACGCUCUUUAUACUGCCUUUUAAUUUUUAGUGAAACGAGCAAAUUCAUGGAUUUCGAUAUGUUUAAUUUAAGAACAGUUCAACUAUUUUUUAUGAUUGAUUUAAUUUCAUUAUUUUUUUUUUCUCGAUUAUUCUCUGUCGAAAAACAAAAUGGAAUGGAUAUUUUGUUGAUUUUUUUUCUGUAUUAAGAAUUGUUCAGCCAUAGCUUGUCAAUGAUAUACUCUGUUAAAAUGAAGAUAUAAACGAAAACAAAAAGCGAUGACAAAAAACCUCAAUGUAAUUUCCAAAGUGAAAUAAAAACUCAGCUCAAGCUUACCAGUGAAA